CUCGAUAACACCAAGACCAAGCAGGUUUCGAUCUGACCUUGCCACUGGCCUUGCUUUCAAUGCCUACGACUGUCCUCCCGUCACCCAGAUCGAUGCUGGUGACAGUGCAGAAUCGAGCUCCAUGUACGCGGCGUCGGUUGCGAUUGAAGGCAUGGUUUGCGGCAGCUGUGUGGGUGCCAUCAACAGGAAUCUACAAGAAUUAAACUCCGUGAUUAAUAUCAGCGUUGACAACAAUGGGUCGAUCGAGUUCCGCGGCAAGGAACACCUCGACAAAACCCUCGAGUCCAGAUCACAUACAAGCCUGAUCCCUCUAAAGGUGUUACUCUGCGAGAUGAAAUCUCGCAGAUCAGAUCCAUCGACCCGGCUUCCACCGUGGAGGUAUAUCACCCUCCGACGUUCGAGGAAUGGUCGAGGCGACUACAACACCAUGAGAGGUGUGCCAUCUUGCAACGCUUGGUCUUUAGCGGCAUUGUUUGCGAUUCCAACAUUUAUCAUUGGCAUCGUCUGCAUGGCCCUGGUUCCGGAGCAUAAUCCCACGCGGAUGUGGUUCGAAGAACCCACAUGGGCCGGCAACGCGUCACGCACAGAAUGGGUCGACCUUAGGCGCGAAUCGCCGACGCAUACAGGUGUUGCUCGCUUUUGUGGCUGAGUAGUUCAACGAGGGAUCUCUCUCUCCGACCAGGACAGAUCUGUGGAAGUCGACGUUGUUGAACUGGUUCCGUGGUUGUUCAUGGAAGGGCUCCGUUGCUAAUGAGUUUCCAAGAGACUGGACUGCAGACUGUAACG